AUGGCUGAGAAGGGAGGGGUGUGCGUGACAGGAGCUGGUGGGUUCGUUGCUUCGUGGGUCGUCAAGCUUCUCCUCUCUAAACACUACUUUGUCCAUGGAACUCUUCGAAAUCCCAAGGAUGAGAAGUAUUCUCACUUGCAUAGAAUGGAGAAGGAAUCGAAGAACCUUAAACUGGUGAAAGCAGAUUUGUUGGACUACGAUUCCCUUGUUUCCGCAAUUCAUGGCUGCACCGGAGUGUUCCAUGUUGCCAGCCCGGUUCCUUCCACCACUGUCCCAAAUCCCGAGGUGGAAGUGCUGGAGCCUGCCGUGAAGGGCACACUCAAUGUACUAAAGGCGUGCCUUGAGGCGAAAGUCAAGCAGGUGGUUUACGUCUCAUCGGCUGCUGCCGUUGUUAUGAAUCCUUCAUGGCCUAAAGACCGGGUCAUGGAUGAAUCGUGCUGGUCUGAUAAGGAAUAUUGCAGAACAACUAAGAACUGGUAUUCUCUUUCUAAAACCGAAGCAGAAAGUGAGGCCUGGGAAUUUUCACGGCAAACUGGGCUUGACAUUGUGACAAUUUGUCCCACCCUUAUUUUGGGGCCGAUUCUACAGUCCAACGUGAACGCGAGUACCUUGGUUCUCCUCAAAAUUUUGAAAGACGGGUACGAGCCCUUGGAAAACAAGCUGCGGAUGAUAGUAGAUGUGCGCGAUGUGGCUGAAGCAAUUCUUAUGGCGUAUGAGAAGCCUGAGGCGGAAGGAAGAUAUAUAUGUACAGCACACUUGAUCAAGGCAAAGGAUCUGGUGGAUAAGCUGAGGAGCUUAUAUCCUCAGUACAAUUGUCCUAAGAACUUUACUGAAGUAGAGAAUGAAGAGAGAGUGAGCUCAGAAAAGCUGCAGAGGUUGGGGUGGAGAUACCGGCCACUGGAAGAGACUCUGAUCGAUUCCGUCGAAAGCUACCGUGCUGCUGGACUUUUGGAUUAAGUGGAGUUGGAAGACUUACUGUUGAAACACAUAAUAAUAUAUAAUUAAGCUCAAUUUGGAAUAAGUUUCUUCAGAGCCCAGAGACAAAGAAAAAGAGCUUAAAAAUAUGCUUUCUUUACACCCUUCGGACAAUCCCGGUACUGUUCUAGUUUCUUCUUCACUAAACGGAGAAAACUAUAUUAUGUGGAGCAAAGCUAUGAUAAAGGCUCUCAGUGCAAAGAACAAAGCUGGCUUCGUCAAUGGAUCCAUUCCUAAACCAUCUAAUACAGAUCCCCUUUUUGACUCUUGGAAACGCUGUGAUGAUAUGGUGGCUUCAUGGAUUAUAAAUGCACUCGCACCAGAACUUGCAGCGGAUGCCAUUUAUGCAGAAACAUCAAGGGAUCUCUGGGUAGAUUUGCAAGAAAGGUUCUCUCAAAUUAAUGGACCGCUGAUUUUUGAGAUUCAAAGAAAAAUCAGCUCCAUUU